ACCGUUUCAACGUCCUAGUUCUCGUAUUGACAACGUAUGACUUCAUACUGUUACAACAAGCUGUGCACUCAGCGUGAUGAGCCUCAUUGCUUAGCUGAUGGCAUUAAGAGCAGUUAAAGGUAUAAGAGGAAGACUCUGCUCUUCUUAGAAUUUAUCAUCACAACAACAUCAACAUCAACAUCUUCCACUUCCACACACAACAACCUCAAUUCACCAACUCCAAACCACCAACAACAACCAUCAACAUGAAGUUCACCACUGCCACUCUCGCUGCUGCCACCGCCGCCAUUGUCUCGGCCUACCCCAGCGGCACCGCAUCCAACGACACCCAAAUCGCAGUCGGCGAUGUCUUCCGUCUGAUGACCAUCCGUUCUGCCUCCGACCUUCAGUAUGGCUCUGUCCAGGCCUCCAACGGCGGUCUGCUCGUCAACCAGCCCGAUCAGGGUGCCUCAUGCGACGAGACAGUCAACUACGCCUCUUUCCGUCUCACCGAGGCUGGUGAUCUCUACCUCAACACUGCCAACCCGCCCCAGCAGAUCUUCGUCGACCGCUCCGGUAUGGGUCAAGGUGUGAUUCAGUUCACCACUGGUGUCCAGGGCAUUGGCCGCAACCAGGAGCGCGGCCCCUUCGCCAUCCAGGACGGCAACCUCGUCUUCGCUCAGCACAACAACCUUCCUCCCACUGGCUUCCAGGCUUGCCCUGGUGCUAAGAACGGCGGCUACAGCCUCUGGCUCUCUGGUGCCGAGAACCCUGGAGGCAACAGCGGCUGCCUCGGUGUUCUUGUCAAGGCCGUCAAGGAGGACAAGCCCAUCUCGUGCGCUUACACCUCCUAGAGUGUGGCGCUGAUAGGAUUGUGCGACGGAUUAUGUAACAAUCUUUUGUAUAUAUUGGAUUUUAAAAUCUUUCACAGCAUCACAUAGCGUCUUGUUUCCAGCC